GUUUCAAAGAUGCAUUCUUCACUAACGGUGGUUUGUACUAUCCUGGCAAUUUGCUUUGGAUUUAGUCUGCAAUCGGAGGAGUCUGCAUUUCCGACACAGCUGAAUGCCGUUGUUUCGGAGGGUAAACGAUUAAAGUUAAAUGUCGAAAAUGUAUUCUAUCCGGGUAUGCGAUGGCGCCUGAACGGUGAACCCGUGUCGGAAAAAUGUGAAAUAACGGUAACGGCAAACUCCAGCAUUCUCAUUUGUCCCGCUAUGGAUAGGGUUGACGAAGGGCGGUACGAGUACCAGGGGAUUCGUGAGGAUGGUCAAAGUGAAACGCUUCUAGUGGUGGAUGUAAAAGUUGUUGAAUGUACGGAGGAAUUGACUGCGAAGCCAUUGGCGGAUGACUUACGAGAGGCUCCAUCAGAUGAAUGCUUCUGUUCAGGGAUCACCGACCAAUGUUGGAAGGCUCGGAACCUUUUCAGGAGUCAGAUAGCAGUCAAUGUAACUGAAGCUGACAUGAUUGAUUUAAAAAUACGCCAAGAUGUAGUUGAGGAAGAAGAGAACGAAGACUCCCUUCAUGAGACAUUUACUUAUUACGCAUUACCAAGAAAUCUUACAGGAAAUUUAUUAAAAUCCUACGGAGGUUAUCUUGAAUUUCCUACCAAUGAUGACGGUGUGGACGAAGAUGGUCCGGAUGUGGUGCUGAAAGGACGAAGGCACGAUUUAGUUUACCAUAACCCCCGCCUGUUGGUGAGUGAAGAGCACAGCACUACCAGGAUCCACAUGACCGAGAAUAGCUGGUACCAGUUGGAUGGAAGCUCGGUUUCUAAGCAGACGUUUAUGGCUGUAUUGUCGAAAGUGAAAUCGUUCUAUAUCAAAUGCAAUCAGUUUCGACGGACGGAUCCUUUGACAAUCGUUCUUGAUAGUGCCGUCGAGGAAGAUCUAGGUAUGGGACCGGUAGCGACAGUGGAAGAGUGCAAUUGUCGUACUGGUUAUGCAGGGUUGUCUUGUGAAGGUUGCACCCGAGGUUACUAUAGACGGCAAGCCGUUGGCAUACAAGGAAUUUGUGUUUCGAUCAAGGAAAAAUGGGAGUCGAUGAAAGCAACGCUCGGGUGGAGGCAUAGGAUGGAGCAAUUACGCAACGUAGUCUGAACUUGGUUUAUUAUUUGGGAGUGCCCAUGAGUCGAAGUCGAGUAAACUAACGAAAAUUGGACAUGCAAAUUGAAAAUCGUAUCACACAAUGUCAGUAGCGGAUCCAAGAGGAGGUCAUGAGGAUGCGAACCCCUACUGAAAAUUUUCAACCUGUUGAGGAAUUUUCAAUUAGUUUGAAUUUUAUAUUAGUUUCAAACUCAAGAUCUUUUAAAAACAAUUUCAUCAAAAAUAAGAUUUUUGCGUAUUACGUAUUGUACAAUGUUCAAAUCGAAAUUUCGAACUCCUCCCAAAAGUUUUUCUGGAUCCACCCCAGCACAAUGUAUAUUUUUGUGCGUCUUAUUUUAUUGGACAUUAUUGAAUUCGAAGAAUGUACCUAGAUUUAUCCUAAAACAUAUUCUAGACUCAUGCAUUCUUAAAAGGAGUACAUCUAUCGUUAUCCCAACAAAAAAAUUAGCUAGAAAAUGGCUUGUACAGUUCUUGUUCAGCUUAUUCUCUCGUAUCAAAGGCUUGUUCAGCUUUCAUUGUUUGUUGGGAUAUUUUUUUACUAAAACUGUGUUUUAAUUAUUCGGCUACCGUAACUUUGGUCACAUUCGAAGUAAAAUCUUCACCUGACAGAAAGACCCGUGUAAGACUAUUGGGUAAAAUACGAUGUUAAUUUGAAAUUACAUUACUGUAACUCUUGGUGAAAGAAAUUCUUCCAAAGUUUCGAAAACAAUGCUCGUGUGGUGACAUGCGAUUUAGCCGAUUUUUUCCACUAUGAUAUGAGAAAUUAAGCGUUAGGUUCCAAUUUUAUAAAAUAUAAUUUCAAUUGUUUAUUUCAUAAGACUCGAAACGUUGGCCACACGGAAUUAUGGGUUUUUCUAUGCCAUGAAAAACCGGUCGACCACACAAUAUGAUCAUCGCCGAUUCCAACGAAACUUUGCAGUUGUGUUCGGUGAUUUUCUCUGGCAUUUAUAAUAUUUUGAUAAAAGAACAUUUUUUCAAAAGGACGUAAACGUUAUUGCGUGCAUUACUUUCAUUUUUUGUUCGAUUAGGGGAACAUGGGGAGACUUGACCAAGCGCAAAAUUCUAUUUUUGGAUAUGGUGUCUUCUAUUCGAUUCUUAAAUUUUUUUCAAAAAUAUUUUUAUACUCAUUUCGAUCCCUUAAGGUAAUUCUAAAAGUUUGGAAUGAAAAAUCCUUUCCUUACAGAAAAUAUUACGCGAUUAAUAAAUUUGCAUUAAAUGAUGAAAUUUUUUAUCAAACUUUGUAUGGACAUAUCUACUCGACUACUAAUUACUAUUAAUGUACUAAUCCUUCUUAAUCUUUGUGAAGCAGUGAAAUGAUUUUACAUAAAUUGUAACAUUGGAAUAGUUAUUACUAGAAUUUGCAUGGCAAUGAGCGCAAUAUCUAAUGUUGGGGAGACUUAACCAAGUUUUUAUGGGGAGACUUGACCAAGUGGCAAUUAGCUGAAGAAAGAUACAAAAUUCCUGAUAUUUAUUAUGCUUUGGUAUCUACUGUUAAUGUUAAUCACGCCAUAAAAAUCCCAUCUCAAACAUAAGUCUUUAUAUUUUAGUAUUAGUAAACAAAGUUAGCAAUAGUAGGACGGAUUUCGUGAAGUGUGAACAUGCAAUGCAAGCAGUACAGUUAAUCCUUAAAAAGAAAUGCAUUAAAAAAUCGAAAUUUAUCAAAUGCAACCCUUUUAUAUUUUUACUGCUACCCAAAGAUCUCGACAAUAUGGAAAAAAAUAAUUACAGUAUGUUUUAUGUCAUAAUAUUUUGUUAUGAUUUUUCAAAAUUCUCUUGAUCAAGUCUCCCCAUGUCUUGGUCAAGUCUCCUCGCAGUGGGGAGACUUGACCAAAAAAAAAAACGAUCUCAGAAAAACUUUUGUAACUUUUCAAAAAUUAAAUUCAAAUUCUGCAAAAAAUCAUGAAGACGCACAAUAACUUUGCACAUAAUAUCUCAAUGACUUUUGAGGGAUUGAAGGCCUUUUUAGAGAUUUAUGCAGUUUUAGCUGAAAACCUGGUCAAGUCUCCCCAUGUUCCCCUACUGUAUUUUAAACAGCAAAACUAUCUGAUAACGAGUUACACAGAAUGAAUAAUUCCGCGCAAAGAAAUACACACUGGAAAAAAUACCGUGUCAUGUAUCACAAAAAUAAAUAUUCGGACCUACCUAAGCAAAUCGCUCUUUUAGGUGGGUAGAUAUGAAAGAAUUUAUCGGUCAAAGGUCCUAAUUGUUAGUUUGAAACCUCAGCUACAUUUUGGAGGCAUACACAUUCACUUAUACCACUCCUUGGCAGUGCUAGGUGACGAUUUGCAAUUAAUUGAUUUUUCAUUGAAGAUUUUUUUUUUACUCAUUUGAAGCAAAAAUUACUGUUUUUCGCAAAAAUUUCAUCCAAUUUAUGAAUAAAAACCCCCUUAUACAAAAAUUAUCUCGAAACUCAACGUAGUGGUUAGGUUUUUUUUUACAUAAAAUAUGUAUGCAAAGUUUGAAAUUAAUCUGUUGAGUAGUUUUUGAAUGGCAGCUAACACCGCAAAUCGUGUUUUUCCAGAAUCGCUCUACAAAAGCUUCGUCGCACAGAGGAGUAACUAGAACAAAUUCUUGGCCAAUAACCAAAAUUGUUGUUUCGUUAAUUUUUUUUACCUACCUAGAAGCCUACUGUAUAA